AUGCUAGCUAAAGAGGAAGCAGCCACUGAUCGCUUGCAAGGUCAUUGCCUUCGUGGCCUAGGGGAAAGUCCUACAACUCAUCCCGUGGCUCAAGUAAAACAUUGGCUGGCAACACAUUUAACUGUUAUUCUUUUUCCCCCGAAGAGGUUACGGACGCUCUCCGGAAUGCCAUUAUCCGGCACCCCGAUAUCCGUACCUUCGUCCAGCAUUAUGAGGUGGAUGUUUUAUGAUGAAAUGCAGGGCAUCAUCCGCUAA